AUGGUCCGGUGGGAAUCCCGGAGCCACGCCGGGACUCCGCGGGGUGCACAUGGCAAGGACCAUACCACCGUCAUCGCCGACCCAGAAACAUUCAACAAUGAGGGCAUCAGCGACGACGUGGUCAGCAGCGCGAAGCGGCCACUGCUGGACCAGUUCCCGGCCGACCCGCAGCCGAAUCCGUGGCUACCGCGGAUUAUCAUCGGCUUAUGGCUUGUCAUGACGCCGCUCGCCAUAUACUAUCGCAAGGAGAUAACAGAUUUUGUUCGUGCCGUCGCCGUGAAGGGCGCUGAGCACGGUUCCUUGCUCUACGUCUACUUCGUCCUGCUGUUCAUCCUGGCGGUCUUGUGCUGCGUGUCGCUGGAGAUUAUGAUCAUUUCCGGCGGGUUCAUCUUCACGCACUUGCACGGGCAUAUCAAGGGUGUGCUCAUCGGCACUGGCCUGAGCUUCGUCGCAUACUUCAUCACCAUGCUGAUCUGUUUCCUGAUCAGCAGGUACGUGCUCAAGGGCAUCAUCAACCGCUACCUGCGCCACUACAAGUACUACGGCGCGCUGAUCCGAGCCACCGAGCUUGAGGGGCUCUCACUCGUGGCCAUGAUCAGGCUCUCGCCGUUCUUCCCGCCGACCAUCGUCAGCUACAUCUUCGGCAGCACCAACGUUUCCGGCCGACAAUACUGCCUUGCGAGCUUCGCAGCAAUCCCCUCCAUUGCCUUCUUCACCUACAUCGGGUCGCUGAUCGAGAACCUCUCCGACGAAAACAAUCCCCCGAAGUCGAGCACCGAAAUCGCGAUGUUUUUGACCGCGUCGAUCCUGAUUACUGUUGCAGGCGUGUACUAUACAUACAUGGUUACCAAGCGCCACCUGGAGCCAAACCGGUCGCCACGGCCGGCGGCGGACGCGGAGAGCGUAGCGGCGUAG